GCGCAAGACAUCAAAAUCACCGUCUACACCUGCGCUGUUCUCUUCACAAUCGGAUUCUUUGUUGUUGUCCCGCCUUGGCCAGCCUACAAGCGGAAUCCUCUCAAGUUUUUGGAUCCCACGCCGAAAAACUAGUGUCAAUUCUCAUUUAAUCCUCUAAAUUUUUGUUUAUCUGCAUUUAUAUUUAUAUUCAAUUUCUCGAUAAAGAUGGGUAGCGACGAUCUCUUCUUGGGCUUUGACUUAUCGACCCAGCAAAUCAAAGUUAUCGCCAUCAACAAUAAACUAGAGCCGAUCCUCGAAGCCAACGUGGAGUUUGACGUCGACACGGCAGAAUACGGUACGAAAAAAGGUGUCUUUACGAAUCAUGCGCUCAACGAAGUAUACGCGCCUGUCGCGAUGUGGAUCAAGGCGUUUGAUAUCCUACUCGGCAAGUUACAGAAAGCGGGGCUGAAGUUUGCGAAUGUGAAGGGUAUCUCCGGCGCGGGCCAGCAGCAUGGCUCGGUGUAUUGGACCAAGGAAGCCACCAGCCUUCUUGCCAAUCUCGAUCCCAGCCAACCGCUCGAGCCGCAGUUGAAGGGCAAGGCGUUUUCACACGAAAUGAGCCCAAAUUGGCAGGAUCACAGUACAGUGAAGGAGUGUGAGGAGAUUGAGAGCAAGGUCGGUGGACCGGACAAAUUGGCGGAGAUCACUGGGUCGAAGUCGCAUCAUCGGUUUACAGGUCCUCAGAUCUUGCGCGUGAGACAUAGACAUCCUGAAGAGUACGAAAACACCGAUAGAAUCUCUCUUGUCUCGAGCUUUCUUGCGUCGUUGAUGCUCGGCGCCAUCGCGCCUUUGGAUGUGAGCGACGUCUGUGGGAUGAAUCUCUGGGAUAUCCCGAACGAGAAGUGGGACGACGAGAUCGUGCAGAUCGUAGCCGGCGGCGGUGAGGCUGAGAAGAAAGAGCUGCUGAGGAAACUCGGCGACGUCGAGCCUGAUGGAGGUAAGCAUAUCGGUCCCAUCAGCGACUACUUUGUCAAGCGGUAUGGGUUCUCAAAGGACUGCGUGAUCACUCCCAUCACCGGCGACAACCCGGCAACAAUUCUUGCGCUCCCACUCCGCCCUCUCGACGUCAUUGUCUCGUUAGGAACGUCGACGACCCUGCUAGUUUCCACACCAGUCUACAAAACCUCGCCAUCCUAUCACAUGUUUUCUCAUCCGACUAGCAAAGGUCUUUACAUGGGCAUGCUGUGCUACUGCAACGGUGCGCUCGCCCGCGAGAAGAUCCGCGACGAAAUCAAUAAAGUCAAGCCUGCGUCCGCCGAGGAUCCGUGGAGCUCGUUCAACGACGCUGUUACCGCCUAUCCUCCGCUCGGAUCCGAAUCCGAGGAUAAGCUGGGCAUCUACUUCCCUCUACCCGAGAUCGUGCCUGACUGCCAAGCGGGUACGUGGCGCUACAUCGAUAACCACAAGGACGGACUGAAGCCAGCUUCUGGCCCGAGUGACUGGGACACUCCCCUGGCCGACGCGCGCGCGAUUCUCGAGAGCCAGAACCUCAGCAUGCGCUUGCGCGCCGGCCCGCUGCUAUCCGAACUCGGUCAGCCCAGACGCGUCUACGUCGUCGGCGGCGGUUCCAAGAACGCUGCGAUCUGCCAGGUGACAGGCGAGGUUCUCGGUCCCUCGGAAGGCGUCUACCGCCUCGAGCUUAGCAACGCGUGCGCGCUGGGCUCAGCGUACAAGGCGCUCUGGAGCAUCGAGCGCACGGUGGUGGGUAAGGACGAGAGCACCGGCGCGGAGAUUUACGAGAGCUUUGAGGACUUUUUGGGCGAGCGAUGGGACGAGAGUACGAUGAUUAACAAGGUCGAUGUUGGAUAUAGAAAGGGGGUGUGGGAACGUUACGGAGCUGCUUUGAAGGCAUUCGAGGAGUUGGAGCAGAUCGCAGUUUCUAGCCCGCCUCAGGAAGAGUAAUAGCUGUAGCUCAAAAUAAUA